AUGUCGCAAUUCAGGACCGCGAUACUGCGACUUCCCGAUGAGCUCCUGCUCAGUAUCACUGGCGGAGUCGAAAUCGUAGACCUCCACGCUCUCUCGCUCACUUGCCGUCCACAGGAAGGUCUUAUCAAGCGAGCGACUGUCGAGCCCGCAAACCUGUGGAAGCUGAACGCGAUGUUGCAAAUACACCCAGAUCUGGUCGCGUCCUUCACCCAUCUUCGUCUCGGACCAAUGACGAUGGACGUUGCGCGUGAUUCAUACCGAAAACACUACACCGCAUGGAAAAUCAGCAGGGGUUGCUAUGAGCAAGGCACGACAGACGCGGAAAGAUCGACAGUAUGCUUUUUCGAGAGCAUGACCGUUCUCUUAACUCUUGCGCAUAGUCUGAAGGCUACAUCCUUCAGUGGGAUGUCAGGCACCAUCUUCGAUGAAGUCAACGACGCAUAUAAUUCGUUCAUCUGUCACAACAAGCCUGCAACCAUAUCAACGCAUCGACCAAUCCGACAAGGGAGAUCGGAUCUUCAAGCGCGACUCGAGGAGAUCACUGUCGAAGUUAGUCUUGUCAGUGAAUAUAUGCACAACAGUCUGAUCAUGGGCCUGGACCCGGUAGACUUUUCAAGUCUCAAGCGGCUGGUGAUCCCAUACCAAUACCUGUUCGACAAGCUAUGCAUCCACGACAGGGCUACGUUCGGACAUCGCAUUCGUGACCCAGCAACGGCUGAGCUUCGCCACGUACUCCCUUCAUCCCUCGAGUCUCUCCGCACGAGCAUUAGCCAUGAGAAUUUAUGGCCAGGCACACAGUGGCUCGACAAUCUGAUAGCUGAUGAUGUCAACUUUCCAAGAUUGCGCGAAGUCCAGCUGCUGUAUCCGUAUAACAUCGUCUCCAUGGGCUGGCAUUAUAGAUCCAUUCACUACUCCAACAACAAGGAGUUCCCGGCUGCGCUUCGGAGAUGGCGGGCAUCGCGUGUUAGCCUAACCACCGCUUUUGGCACUACUAAAUUCCGCGAGAUAGGAUGGGAGGCACCGAGCGGUAACCUGACUACCGCCUGGAAUACUAGGAAACUUUACGCGGACGCGAGACAGCCAGAAAGGCAUUAUACACCCGGUGAUCUCAUCCCUGUCAUCGAGAAGUGUCUGGCCACUACACAUGAUCAGCUAGAGAAGGAACCUGAGAUGAUGGCAGCACUUGGCUAUGUGCUAAGGUCUCCUUGA